ACAGGCACUGCAGCCAGCCCUCUGCCUGGCGUGCCCCUGGUCGUGCCCAGCAUGGGUUACAUUGAACCUGGCAAGCAGCAAGUGCUGAAAGUCUAUUACCUGCCAGGAGUGCCUGGAGUCUUCUGCAGGGCUUUCCAGAUCCAAGUGGGUCACCUGGAGCCAGCAAAAAUCUGCCUGAAAGGAGAAGGGACCUUUCCCAGGAUCCACUUGGACCUGCCCAGGAACAUCAAAGGCAACGCCAAAUAUGAGAAGAUCCUCCAAAAGGCCCAAGAAAAGCUGGACAAAGGCAGCCAGAGAGACGAGGCCAUUGCUCUGGGGGAGGCUGUGGCAGCCGAGCCCCACAUGGAUGACUCGGGCACCAUGAUCAGCUUUGAUAACUGGGCAGGGAGAGACACUGGAGUUCAUUUCUUUGGAGCUAUGAUCCUGCCUGAGAGAGCAGGAAGUGUCCCAGACACUGAGCAGUGA